GCGGCGAGAGCUGGGGCUGCGCGGGCGGCAGGCAACGGCUGAGGCGGCGGCGGCGGCGGCGGCGGCGUGGGUUGGGUUCGAGCGGGCAGCGGCGCCUCCGACUCCUCGGAACGGGAGCCCACGCGGGCGGGCGCCUGAAACAAAGGGAAGCGGGCGUCCGGGCGCCGCGGGUGGGCGGUCAGUCGGUCAGCGCGGAGCCAGCCAGCGGGUGCCCGCGCAAGCCCCGAGCGCGGCUGGCCGGCGCGGCCUCAGGGCGGGAAGAUGCCGCGCGUCGUGCCCGACCAGAGAAGCAAGUUCGAGAACGAGGAGUUCUUUAGGAAGCUGAGCCGCGAGUGUGAGAUUAAGUACACGGGCUUCAGGGACCGGCCCCACGAGGAGCGCCAGGCGCGCUUCCAGAACGCCUGCCGCGACGGCCGCUCGGAAAUCGCUUUUGUGGCCACAGGAACCAAUCUGUCUCUCCAGUUUUUUCCGGCCAGCUGGCAGGGAGAACAGCGACAAACACCUAGCCGAGAGUAUGUCGACUUAGAAAGAGAAGCAGGCAAGCAGGAGGAUGCAUUAGCACAACAGGCCUUUGAAGAGGCUCGGAGAAGGACACGCGAAUUUGAAGAUAGAGACAGGUCUCAUCGGGAGGAAAUGGAGGUGAGAGUUUCACAGCUGCUGGCAGUAACUGGCAAGAAGACAACAAGACCCUAGUCCUGGUUCCAAUUUAGGUGGUGGUGAUGACCUCAAACUUCGUUAAUUAAUAGCACAGCAGAUGUGUGCCACCCAUCUUUACAUAGACAUUGCUUCUAGUUGGCAGAAAUAAUUGAUUAAAAGACCAGAAACUGUGAUAACUGGAGGUACUGCGGUCUGUUUCUCAACCUUAGGCAGUAAUAGACAUCACAAACUGCCAUGGUUUUGCACUAUGAUUAUACCUGCAUUUCUGAUUUUUUAAGCAUGUAGCCAGUAAUAAUUUGAAGUUUUUUUUCUAUGCAAGCUUACCUUGUUGGCAUUAUUUUAGGGAGUUAAAACUAUCUACUUGUAAAGCUCCUUUACUUCCACUUUAAUUUAAAAGUUCAUGUCAUUUAAAAACAGUUCAAGAAACUAAAAUUAUAUCAGAGGGUUUUCUCUAAUCAUUUUUUCUAAUUUUUUUUUUGUACUUCUAGAUGUUUUGGUUAUACAGCUUCAUUUUAGAUAAGCAUUCUUGUUUUUUGUUUUGUUUGCCCCAUUUCCUUUUGUGUUUUUAUAGUCUAUAGCAUUUUAAAACUGCUGAUGUUUGCAUUAUUUACAGGCUAAAAACCUAGUAGCAUAGAGCUGUCUGCCACAGCCUUCUGACAAAGUUUACAGUUAUUAAAGUUUCAGUAUCCUUUUAAAUGCUAGUAAUCAGCACUCUUUCUUUCUUUCUUUCUUUUUUUAAUAGAAACAGGGUCUCACAGUGUUGCCCAGGUCUCGAACUCCUGGCAUCAAGCGAUCCUCCUGCGUCAGCCUCCCAGAGUACAGGCUCUUUAUUUUUAAACAUAGAAGUUUUAAAUUGGUAUUAACUCUGUACUCUGCCCCAGAUUGUUUUAGCUUCUGUUCUGUAAUCAUGAGUUUGGUUGGAGAUAUUCUCCAUAGAUGAUCUUCUACUGAAAUGCCUAAAGAAGUCACAGGCUGGCUUCUGUUUUAUUCAGGGAUUUUUUUAAAAAGUCAAUCAGAAAAGGGAUACUGGAGCUUCUUCAUGUAUGUAACAGCAUAUUAAACUGGAGACAGUGAUGAAUCAGCUACAAAGGUAAUACUAUAUUAAAAUCAUGUUUAAGAUAGCUGCUUUUAUGUGUAUUUUAUAUUGCAUGCUUUUGUAAAAACAUGCGGGGUGAUGAUGAAAGAUUAGUUUUAGAGAGAAAAUGUUCAUCUGUGCAGAGGAUACAUUUUCUUCCAUUAAUUCUGGAAAAAACAUUCACAGUUAUGUAUAUGGUAUUUUGCAAAAGGACUAUUAAUAGAACCUUUCAAGAUAAAUUAAUGUAAGAAUAUUUUUUAAAUAGGCUUACUGUCAAACUGAGUGCAACUUUUUUUUUUAGAUACAGACUGGAAAAAAGUGCUAAGUCAUUUGGCACUUCCUUACAAAUAUUUUUCAUGGUCACAUUUAUUAAAUGUUACUACAUUUCUGAAUUUUUGAAAAAUGUAUUUUAUCAUAAAAUGGCAUUAUUUUAAAGGGUGAAAAACUGACACAGUCAAUUCAGAAAAUGAACUGAAGUCUGAAUAAGGUCAUUGCAUUUAAAAAGCAUAUAACUGUACUUGAUUGAUGAGGGAGGUGUUACUUUCAUUGUAUAUAGGUCUUAUUUCAUAAACAGAUAUCCUGUAUCAGAAUAAAAAUAUUUGUUAUAUAUUUGAAGUCAUGCAUGGUAAGAAGUGUGUUUAAAUUCUUAUAAACAAUAAUGCAUCAUUAAAGGCCAUGUUGAUCUUGCAUAACUAUAAGUACUAUGAAUGAAUUUGGUUGGUUUUGGUGGUGUACAGCUCACAUGUUUACACACUCAGUGCCCUAAUUUGCCCUGAGGGAAUUGCUUUUUAAGUGAUCCUUACAGUGGUGUUUUAUGUUACUUUAUUACAGAGCUCCUUGGUUUUUUAUUUCUGCAGUUAAAUUUUUUUAAAUAACAUGAUGAUGGUACAUUUUCCUCUGUUGUCUAGCUAAGGGCUUUCAGUCCACCAGUAAAUAAGAUCAAAUGCUAUUAAAUGUUCCUAUUACCAUCCUUCUGUAAAUACUGGAUUUUCCUGUCAUUUAGCACUGUGCUGCUUCUGUCUGUCUUAAUGCUGGCAUUAAGAUCAUGAGCCCUUUUUCUCCAGUAGUACAGGCUUUGAAAACUACUUCUAUUAAGUUAUUGAUGCAGUUUGAUAUUUUUUCAUAAUCUGUAUUUAAACAAAAUUACAUCAUUGCAUCAUCUUUUCUAAAUUCAUCUCCAUUAAAACUUGCCUUAAGCUACCAGAUUGCUUUUGCCUCCAUUAGCCAUACUGUGUGUUUGUUUAAUUUACUUUCACAAUAAACUUCUGUGUAGUAAAAA